AUGGUAAUUCUGCACACCCCCUCUUCACCUGGCAUGUCGUGCCGGGCCUACUCAAGCAGCACAGACUGGGACAUCAACGACAGUGCCAUCCCACGAAUCAACGAGUAUGACCCCUUCUCCGAGUGGGCCGACGGCCACUGUAGACUGGUGUACCGCGCUGACAACGAGGAGGCCAAGAGACACUCGUCCGGCUGGGCAAUGAGGAACACCAACAACCACAACGUUCACAUACUGAAGAAGAGCUGUCUGGGGGUACUGAUGUGUUCCUUGAGGUGCACCCUACCUAACGGGGAUCGGGUGCAUCUUAGGCCCGCUAUUUGCGAUAAGGCCAGGAAAAAGCAGCAGGGCAAACCUUGCCCAAAUAGGCAAUGCACAGGACGCCUUGAAAUACUACCAUGUAGAGGUCAUUGUGGAUAUCCCGUAACUCAUUUUUGGAGGCAUACGGAGCAUGCGAUAUUUUUUCAAGCAAAAGGGGUACACGAUCAUCCCAGACCUGAAGCUAAAAGUACGUCCGAAGCAAGAAGGACUUUAGGAAGCGGGAGAAGAGUAAGGGGGUUAGCAGUUUUAUUGGCUAAAGAGGCUGCCCUAGGAAAUAAGCUUAUGUCUUUAAGAGAACCAAAGCGUCAAUGUCGAGAAAUAACAAAUCAAGUCUCAAGGAGUUUGAAUCCAACUUCUAUUAUUUCUGAAACAGACAAAGGCUACUGCUCAUGUCCUCCCUUUGAAUGUAUAUGUACCUAUCAGCAACCGUUGUCAACGACUCUGCAUCAGUUCCCUUCAUCACCUUCAACGUAUCAGCAACCUCAACUCGAACCUUUCUGGACCCAAGAACCAACUUCUGGCCAACCGUAUCCGGCAGAAAUCGGAACCAGCUUGAACCAACAGUACGACUUCAACAACAUUUCAACAGAUUUGUUCCAACCGGAAGAAAUCUUCCAGAUGGAUCAGCCUGUUAAACCGGACUACGUCAACAUCAGUCAAAAUAAUGAUGUUGCGCGAAGUCCCCCAACAUUGUUGGAUCUAGGAAGUGGCACCAUACACCGAGAAUUCAAAUCGGAGGAUUAUUGGAAUUCAAAUAUCAAUAAUAUGUUGAUUAACGAUGACAGUAAUAACAGCAGUAAUAGUAAUAGCAGAUACAACCUAAGCCAAAGCCCAGAAAAUCAACUGAUUCUCAAUAACAAUUCACAGCCAGUGGACCAAAACUUUUACAUGGAAUCGAAGAUCGACGAGUUGCCAUUUUCUCUACAAAAAUCCCAUUACUACCAACAAAACCCAUCCUUCGACUUAAUGGACAACAAAACAUCGUACUUAAUGGAAGACAAAGGCUAUCAGAAUUUCGAAACGUACCCAAAUUCAAAAAUUUACAAUAAACAUAACUACCAGGAGGAAUACAUAGACUUGGGACAGUUCAACGAGUAUAAUAGUUUUCUGAGUGUCUACGAUAACAAAAUGACGAAUGACAGUACUAUGUUCAACGAUCUCGACUUCAGAAUCAAUUCUUGUGUCUCUAGUUUGAACAAUGUGCAUAAUUAUAGUCAAGAAGCUUUCGACGUGAUAUCGCAUCAGUAG